AUGGUCCUGCCUUUUCUGUCACUUUGCUUACUCCCCCUCCAUAAGCGAAUAAAAAAAUUUUGUUUGGGAGUUAAUUUUUUAUUUUAAAAAAUUUAUAUAUAAUUUAUAUUUGAAAUUUAAAAAUUCACAAGUCGAAAUAAUUGAAAAGCAAAUAUUAUCCCUUGCAUAUUUAAAUAUUUUUCAUAAAGAAUUCUUCUAUUAAAAAAAAUUUUUGUUUUCUCGCAGUGUUUUUUUUUGUUGUUGACAAAAGCAAGGAUUUUUCCAAUGGUUUUAUUCGCUCGCGAAGAGGGGGAGUUAGUUUCAUUUGUCAUUGCAGAGCCAAACCCAGACAGAAUAGAAUAUCAAUACAUUGAGCUAAACGCGCCAGCUACUGACAUAAAGUUUUGUGGUGCCCAAGAUGAUGUCAUGCUUCUACUCACCACUGAAAAUUCUGUUUAUCGAUCCGAAAACAAAGGCUUUUCAUGGAAGCCGCUAUCUCCAAUUCUAGAAAAAGAAGGCAAGAAAGCAGGCUCCACAAUUGGAAAAGUUACACAAAUAUUAGUAAAUCCAGCUGAUAAGCAAGUUGUAGUGAUGCUGGGGAGUGCAGGGCUUAACUGGUUUUCAGAAGACUGUGGGAAAACGAUAAAAGCUUUAAAUUAUGGAAGACCAAUGGAAGAGUAUCAUUUUCAUCCUACAGAGAGAGACUGGGGACUAGCUGCAUCGUGGACGAAGUGUUCAGAUUUUGUUGAUGAGCCUUGCAAAAAGUACAGAGCUUUAUAUUUAACUCAAGAUCUCGGGCAAACAUGGACAAAACUCAUAGACUAUGUAGUCCAGUUUUCGUGGGCAUAUGAAAAUCUUGCUAAAUAUCCUUAUUGGAUUAAUACUGGCAUAAGAUUUUAAAGAAAAUCUAUUAUGUAAAAUAUGUUCAACUUAUUAAAUACAGUAUAUAUUAAAAGAAAUAUUCCAAAAGAAAGAAUCUAUGUGACCAGAAGUCUUCAAGAAGGCGACCAAAAGUUAGCAGGAUGGAGCUACAAUGUUGACAUGGUGAAAAGUGAUGAUUUCUUCCAGUCUUCUUCAAUUCUUGUACCUCAUGGCAACAAAUUUUUACUUGCAGACAGAUAUAUAUUAGUUGCUCAGUCCAUAGAACAGGAUUCUCAAGAUGUCCAACUGAUGGUUUCCAAUGACAAAAACAUUGAAAAAUUCUAUAAAGCUGAUUUACCUAUCAAAAGAAUCCCAGAGCAUUCCUACACUUUGUUAGACACUUCAGAAGGGUCAGUUUUUGUCCAGGUAAAUCAUUAUGGACCAGGAUCAAGAUAUGGAAAUAUUUAUGAAUCUGACGUGACUGGUAGAUUAGAUUAAGUUCUCGCGGGUCUUUAGGUAUUAUUUCAGCAUCUCGCCGUACCAUGGAUCACAUGCCCUUUUGCUUCUGACCUCACCAAAAAAUGCUGAAUUGGGAAGUCUCUCUGUGAGGUCACACUAUCUGUCUUCUGUGUCCACAAGCGAAAAGACCUUACACCUCUUGCAGGGCCCGGAUUAUAGGUAAACAACCUUUUCCUCCUCCAUGGCCUGCUUUAACCAUAUUGCCGGCUCGGUAAUGCUCCGAUGGAGAGCUGAAGGGUAUUGCACCGGUCGGCACGUCUGAAUGAGGAAAACUGGUCGAGACUCAGCCCCUGGUCCAAAAAAACCUGCCCCGAGAACUAUCGCCAUUUAGCUCCUCUCCUCUAGGUCCGGAGCAAUUCUUGGAACACCAAAUCACGCGAUUUUAAUAAUUCUGUGACUGGCAGAAGAUUCUCAAUUUCUCUCCUUCAUAAUGUAAGAGACCCUAAAGGUUAUUGUGAUUUUGAUAAGGUAUAUGGACUAGAAGGGAUUUAUAUUGCAAAUGUUUAUGAUAGAGAAAAAACUAAUGAAGAAUUUGAUGCUUCUGACACGAAAAAGAAAAAAGGAAAAGAUGCAGAAAUUACAUAUAAGAAAACAGCAAUUACUUUUGAUAAAGGAGGAGUCUGGAAAACAAUAACUCCCCCUGAAAAAGACUCAAAUGGAAAACGAAUUUUGUGCAAGGAUGAAGAUUGCUCAUUGCAUUUAUAACAUUUUCAGUUAUUUUUAUAUAUAUAUUUAUACAUAAAAUAAUCUCAAAUUGUAUAUAAAAUAGGUUUAACCCGGAAAAAAAUUUUAGAGCUAAUUAUUAAGUCAAGUCUACAUUCAAUUACUUCUCAAAAAUUUGGGACCGCUUAUUCAUCAGAAAACGCGGUCGGGAUCAUCAUUGGUGUUGGCAACGUCGGAAAAUACCUCUCAAACAAGCCUGAUGAAGUAAAUACUUAUUUAUCUAGGGAUGGUGGUCUUACAUGGAGUGAAAUCAAAAAAGGGUCCUAUAUCUAUGAAAUAGGAGACCAUGGCGCUAUUAUAGUCAUGGCUGACGACCAAAAGGCUACAGACCGCGUCUAUUUCUCAUGGAAUGAAGGUCUUACUUGGGAGUCCAUCAAAUUCACUGAUACUCCUAUAGAAGUUGACAACAUCAUCAUUGAGCCAAAAGCCACAUCUCAAAAUUUCGUCCUUUAUGGCCAAGUUGGAGGAAAAGGAGUCAGCGUCGCCAUUGAUUUUUCAUCACUUCACGAGCCUAAAUGCAAAGGAGCUGAUAAGCCAGGAGAAGGCAGCGACUAUGAGCUGUGGAGCCCAAAUGAUGGGAGGACUGGAAAUGAAUGUCUUUUAGGUAGAAAAAUGGAAUAUGUAAGAAGGAAAAGAGAAAGCGAAUGCUAUAACGGUGAAGAGUUCGAAAGGGGAUCGUUUAAAUAUAACUGUGAGUGCACCAAGCUGGAUUAUGAAUGCGAUUUGGGAUAUUUCAGUGAAAAUGAUGGACCUUGCAAGAAAGUUGAAGGAGUUGUGGAAGAGGAAAAUUGCCAAGAUGAGGAUAUUUAUUAUGAAGUGUCUAGAGGAUAUAGAAGAGUUGCUGGGGAUACUUGUGUGGGUGGGGUAAGUGUAGAUUUGGAGCCAUAUAGAUUUGAGUGUGCAGCUGAUUCUAUUGGGACUAGUGGAAUUAUUAUAAUCAUAGUAUUGGUUGUGGCAAUUAUUGGAUUGCUAUAUGUGAGGUUUUCUGAGUUCUUUAUAAGGAAAUGGAAUGAAUUUAAGGGACUUGAAGUUUUUGACAAAGUUGGAUAUUUCAGUGACCUUAGCAAGGCUCCAGAAGGAAUGGAUGAAGAGCUGUCUGAAAGAGAAAAUAACCAAACAGCACAUGCUUUGGAUAGCAACAAUGAAGAAGAGGAAUUUAACCCUAGAUCAUAA